GUGCUUCCGGGCUGGUGGAGGCGUGACGUCAGGAAGAGGGCAGGCUCUCUUUGGAUGCUCCUGUGCUCUGUGGAGGCUCAGCAUCCAGUUGCAGCUCAGAACUGUUGUGAAAACAUCAAGAAAUAGGAAGAUCCACACAGCCACAUCUUUACAGUGCAGCCCGCGGCCUCUGCAGGCGCCACAGGAGGGCACACCUCACUGCAUGCAUUGACCAGGCCGGUUCCACAGUUGCAGCCUUGCUAGUGACAAUCUGUAGGCAGCUCCCAAGAUGGGUGAAAGGAAAGGACAGAACAAGUACUACCCCCCGGACUUCAACCCUGAAAAGCAUGGCUCUCUCAACCGAUACCACAACAGCCACCCACUUCGAGAACGGGCUAGGAAGCUGUCACAAGGCAUCCUUGUUAUCCGAUUUGAAAUGCCAUACAACAUCUGGUGUGACGGCUGUAAGAACCACAUCGGCAUGGGUGUGCGCUACAAUGCAGAGAAGAAGAAGGUUGGCAAUUAUUACACAACUCCAAUCUACAGGUUCCGGAUGAAGUGCCACCUCUGUGUCAACUACAUCGAGAUGCAAACAGACCCUGCCAACUGUGACUACGUCAUCGUGAGUGGUGCCAGUCGCAAGGAGGAGCGUUGGGAUAUGGAAGACAAUGAGCAGGUGCUGACCACAGAGCACGAGAAGAAAGAGAAACUGGAGACGGACGCCAUGUUCCGCCUAGAGCAUGGUGAGGCUGACCGAAGCACGCUGAAGAAGGCCCUUCCCACUCUCAGCCACAUCCAGGAGGCACAGAACGCCUGGAAGGAUGACUUUGCUCUGAACAGCAUGCUACGGAGGCACUUCCGGGAGAAAAAGAAAGCCAUGCAGGAGGAGGAAGAGAAGGACCAGGCACUGCAGGCGAAGGCCAACCUAGCCAUCCCUCUUGUGCCAGAGUCAGAGGACGACCGCAGGCUGGCUGCCCUGCUAAGGUUGCACACCCUGGAUUCUUAUGAGGACAAACAGAGAAUGAAGCGGACAGAGAUCAUCCACCGCUCUUGGUUCCCUUCAGCCCAGGGUCCCAGUGCUAGCAGCAGCAAAGCCAGCAAUGUCCUGAAGAAGCUGUGCCAGGGCCGCAGACCACCCCCCAGCAGCGCAGGCACAGUGGGGGACCUGGUCAUAGUGAGGAGAAAGUCUCGAGACGUUCCAGAAAGUCCCCAGUGUGCAUUGGACAACUCCUUGUCAGAAGAACCAAGAGGGCUACCAGGAGCCACCCAAGACGGCAAGACACUUCAAGAGACAGCAGAGGCACCCAGGACCAGCAACACCUCAGAAUCUGAGAGAAACUGUAUCGAUCAGGCCUUCCCCCUAGGUUCCUCCCAGGAGGACCUGCUGCACCCGAACACCCCCAACACCUCCCUGGUGGCUGACUACUCUGACUCAGAGAGUGAGUAAGGGAGUCAGAAUUCCAGGACCAGAAGCCAUGACUUGUCCAGACCUUAGGGACUGGCUGCAUUGCUGCAAGCCCAACAGACUUAUCUUCCUAUACAGAUUAUUAUUUAUUUGGUUUUGGUGAGGAUGCCUGUGCCUUGAUGUAACCCCUGAUUCCUGAACAUUAAAGUGCUAUUCUUUGUCCC